CACAGUGUCGGAGAGAAUGCCUGUGUCUCACACACAAUGCCAUUAUAUGUGUGUAGGUGUCUGUGGCUCACACGCACACAAAAAUCUCUUCCUGUGUGGGUCAGAUGGAAAGUCCCUCUCCCACGGUCUAUCUCCCCACCUGUGGUCCCUUUAAGAGAACGCACACUUCCGGGUCUCCGCCUGUGAUGUCAUUCAUCUCGUCCAAUCACACAAGGACAUGUCGCUUGGGCGCCAAUCCGAGUGGAGGGAAGUGGGGUUUGUUGCCAUGGCGACAGUAGCCGGGCCUAGGCCCCGGCUGGCGGAGGGACGCAUGGAGGUGAUUCCCCGCGCGCGGGAGCGGGACCUGAGCCGGGGGCUGGAGAGCCUACCCGUGUCGGUGUGGCCGCCGUCCGAGGAACCCCCGGCCUUCCAGUAUAGCCCAGAGCACGUGGCGGGAGCAGGAGAAGACACUGACCCUUCUGAAAUCACUUUUCCAGGAUGUAAUUGUCUUACUGCUUCCUGCGUGGCCAACACUUGUUCGUGUCUUCGCCAUGGUGAAAACUAUAACAAUUCAUGCAUCAAAUACAUAGGAAGUGAAGUGGACUAUACUAGGCCUAUUUUUGAAUGCAAUGCCAUGUGCCGUUGUGGUGAGUUCUGUCAAAACAGGGUUAUUCAGAGGGGUUUACAAUUCAGACUUGAGGUGUUCAAGACUGUUAAGAAGGGGUGGGGUCUCCGCACACUGGAGUUCAUACCUAAAGGAAGAUUUGUGUGUGAAUAUGCUGGUGAAGUUCUAUGCUUCCGUGAGGCAUGUAGAAGAAUACAGGCACAGACACCAGAGGAUUCAAACUAUAUUAUAGCUGUGAGGGAACACUUGUAUGAUGGACAGAUAAUAGAGACAUUUGUUGAUCCUAUGAAUACAGGAAAUGUAGGCAGGUUCCUGAACCAUUCUUGUGAGCCAAAUUUAUUUAUGGUUCCUGUCCGAAUUGACUCACUGGUGCCCAAACUGGCACUUUUUGCUGCUGCUGCUAUCUCUGCUGGAGAAGAACUUUCAUAUGAUUAUUCUGGAAGAUUUCUUAACGUACCGCUAAUCAAAAGAGAGCAGGAAAUGUUGGAGGAAGAUGAUGUAAUGAAAAAACCCUGUUACUGUGGUGCUAAAUCAUGUGUUGGUUUUUUACCGUAUGAUAGCUCUCUGUGCUAUAUACCAGGCAAACAAACUUUUGGCAAAGUUUCUCAAGGAAACAGCUGUGCAUAAGGAUUCAAAAAGAUUGACAUCAGUGAAUAUAGCAUCUAUUGUCAGAUGUGCCUAGACAAAAAUUGAAUGAGAUUCCUUUGCCCCGCCACCCAAAAAAAUAACCAUAGGUCCCCCUCCCCACAUAUACACACACCAACAGCUACAGCAAGGGUAGAAGUAUAAUGGCAUGAUGUGGGAGGGGGAAAUGGGAAAUGCCAUUCCACUUAGCUUCAGGUGAAAAGUUAAAUGACUAAUUAGGACUACAGGCAAAGUGUAGGAAGUAAUUGUUAUGUACACUAUAAUCUUACACAGUUAGAGGCAUUUGGCCUUCAUCUGUACAUUUCACAGUACGCUCAGGACACUGAACCCAUAACCUUACAUCUCAGUAAGGGUUAAUACUUAACACAUAGGUGAAGGAGAAGUCAAAGCAGAGGCACUGAUGGUGCAAAAUAAACAGAAGCUAAGGCAGGUGUAAAGUGCUGCAGAUGAGUAUGUUAGAUAGUAUAUUCAAAAGGGGAAAAUGCUGUUUUCGGGAGAGGAGAUUGCAAUCUGCCUUACUGCUCUGACUGUUAGAGUCAGCCUUGGACAAAAGCCAAGACAGAGUUCCUGACAAUAUCCUCAAAUAACACGCUGAACAAUCUCCUGUACUCUUAACUUGAUUCCAGGUGGAUGAUACAAGAGAUAGCUAAAUAGGUGACCUGCUGCCACAGCUAACCCUUUCCUGUUAAAACAAGAAAGCUUAGGAUAACUUGCCACAGCUCAAAGAUUUUGAUAAGGCCUGUUUCAAUGGACAGUGAGGUACAUAGAAACAGAUUGAAUUAGAAUGGUAGGUGCAGAAAAGUGGGAAUUUGGGGAGAUGAGUUAGAUAAGGGAAAAAAUCACUUGAGAAUUAAAGCUUGAGAAAAAAUCAAGGUGACAGGUGCAAAUUAACAGUGGCAUUUACAAAGGUGGCACCCGUUUUUGUUGUUUUAAACUGUGUGCAUUAAUAGCUCCUGCAAACUAAAACUAUUUAAAACAUGAAUUCCUUGCCUGUUCUGGAGCCGGUUUGAAAAUUAAGAGUCAUUUAUAGCUAUAGCUGAGCCCCUCCUAUUUCAUGACCAACUUUUACAGAAAAAUAUUAAGUAAAAUGCAUUCCCUCCUCCCCAUCUUUUGCCAGCUCUUCCUACUUACCCCUCUUGACUGUAACUGGGUAGGGAGCUAAUUCCGUUCCAUGAACACUUGACGUUGCAUUUUCUCCUCUGUUCCCUGAAAUGGACUCUGUACCCCAGGCCUUCUCUGUGAUCAUUCUAAUUUUUUUUCUGAACUGGCUCCAUCUCAAGGCAUAGGCUCAGUUAGCCACAAGAGGGCACCAAUGUAGAUGUAUAGUCAUCCCUUCGAAAUAGCAUGCAUCACCUCAGUGAUGCUUCCAACUGAUGUUGGCAAAAUAACUGAGGGAGUGGGCAGAAAAUCCAAAUUCCAUUCUGUGGAGUAGCACAAUACACUACCUGUGUGUCUGGCAAAACAGACGGAAGUGGUAGAUGCUAAUAUACAACACCUUUACGAACAAGCAUCUGUUUCUGCACUGUUCAACAGAUGGUAGAGAGAAGAGGGGGUUUUGUUUUGUUUAAUAUUAGUCCUUUCAAGCAUUUUUUAUGCAGUCAGAUGUUUUAUUGUUAGCCUCUUUUUUUCCUCUCAAACCAAAUUGGUUUCUGCCUCUGGUUAUAAGGAACAGGGAAGCAGAGUUUUGCCAUUGCAGAUAGGAGGGAUAGUGGUGCUUAGAAGAUACAUAAAGUAAUGGC